AUGGCCAUCGCCAAGAGGUUUGCUGCAUGCUCAGCCUUGAGACCAUCAACUGAUAGACGGCAGGGUCUUGUGCGAGGCGCCGAUGAGGACCAACAAAUGUUGGCAGGUCGAAAAGUGACGCGUAAGCGAAAGGAAGUUGACGAAAAUGCGACAAAGGCCGAAAAACAGUUCAGUGGGCGUCGAGCUUUCGAUUUGUACUUGAAGUGCUUGCAGCUCAUCCUCAGGCAUCAAGUGUGGUUCUUGGUCCAGGAGAAGGGCCUCCCGAGUGAGCUUGAGAUGGUCGUUUUCGACCUUUGGGCACUCCGUGUAGCUCAGCUCGGCAACAGAAUUGGGAGCAACAAUGCAGAGGCCGAGUCCCAGCAGUCUCAAGUCUUCAACACUCUUGAGAGCGAAGGCGAGCAGACGACCGACAACGAGCGAGGCACAAUAUCUACCCCAAAAGGUCGCGAUAGGCAACUUCACGGUACGCCGAAUCUGUACGACUGUCUGGCUCUAUGCUAUCUUGGCAUGUCCACACUGCGACUGCUGAUUACCCCGGGUGAUGUUCAUGCUUGGGUAACAGACGGCAAGUUGGCGUACAGAAGAGCCAUCAAGCUAAUACCACUCGGCAUGAGGGAUCGGCUACCGUCAACAUACCAUGCCGUGCUCGACCCGCAGACGAUGUUGAAUUAUCGUAUUUUCUACACGACACUCACCAACCUGGAGAUCAGUUUCGAGAAAGAUCACGAAAUGCAGUGGCCAGCUCUCAACGUGCAGCCACUUUUGUUUCGCUACCUAAAACAGCUGGCGCUACCCUUGGAAGUAUACGACGCGACGUUGCGACUGGCCGAUCUACUUGGCUAUAACUUUGUGUUCCGGUACAGCGGCCGUCAUCGACUCGGCAUUCGACACCUGCCAGAAGCUCAACUCAUUGGUUGCCUUGUCGUCUGCGUCAAGUUGUUCUACCCGUUCGAUAAGAUCACGCGCUCACCAGAGUCUUCGUUGGAACCCACCACGACCGUCAUGGAUUGGAAGAAGUGGUGCAAGCACAUGGUCGCUGCAAAGAAGGCACAGAGGGAGGGCAAUCCAGGCUUCACGACCGAAGAGCUGAUCAAGCUACAAGAGAGCGACGUUUUCGAUAUGGGAGCUGACCAGCUUGAUCAAUACCUAGACUUCUAUGGCAACACCUUCAUCGACGAGGCUGAGGUACAGCGCACCAAGGAGAACGAUGACUUUAGAAAUGCGCUGUACGGGAUGUUCCCGAUCGAAGGCAAAGAGGAACGCCCUCCAGUUCAGAUAUCAGACGGGAUGUCUCACGAUAGGACGUUACAGACUGUGCAGGCAGUGCAUGCCAGUGUGAAAAUAGCUGCAGUUGUGGAUGACGACUCGGACGUCCUACGACCGGGGCAGAUGUAUCCGAUCUGGAGGACCGCAGAUGAACUGCCUGGCCGCGCUGCAGUAUUCUAUGAGGAAGCAGCAAGGCUGACCGGAUUCUCACUCGAUAUGCUGGUCAACGCGGUGUUCUUUACAGAGGCAAGGGUGGAGAAGUGGCGGAGGAGACAGAAAGAGGGUACGCGAGGUCGAGGCGAUUGA